CUCAGGAAGGGAGGGAAGGAUUGGAGGACAGCGUUGCGAGGCAAACCAUGAUCACAUGAGCACAGAUCUGUUUACAAACUGAAACUGUGUGCGCGCGCGAGAGAGAGCGAGAGCGACAGAGAGAGAGAGAGAGAGAGAGAGAGAGAGAGAGAGAGCAACUAACGUUAACGUUUCUACAUACAGCCGUUGUUAACACCUGAACGCGGACACGCGGAUAUAUGAAGAAUGAGUUGAGGACCAUUCGAGCAUUAUCGUUGUUUUUUUCUUGCGUUCUCGAUGGGAGGAUUGAGAGAGCAGAUGGUUUUAGGCGGAGAGAAAAAGAACUCCCCCACAUAGACACGCAUACACACAUAAACACUCAGAGAAACAGCAGCUUGGAGACAAUAUUACCUCUCCGUCCUGUGAGGCCUCUAAAGGAAUACACCACCAAAAAAACCCAUUGAAUUUGACGCAAAUCGAGAGCGGAAUCUGAAUAAAGGGCGAAGUCGAGACAUGCUAAAGUCAUUAGUGAUUUAAGGAAAGACAAAGACUUGAAUUCCUGCUCCUGGAGAGAUUGUUUCCCGCAUCCCCUCGUCGUUUUUGGAUAUACGUGGAUGCUUAGCUGUCACCUACGCAGGUAUGAUCGAGGAAUUGGUUUACUUUUGCGUAUGACAACACGGAAAGCUCCGAAGUGAUAUUCACUUAUGGACUCGAAGACAAGAAGCACAUCAAGGGCACAUUAUGCUCCCUUUGUCUCCGUAACAAAGCACCUUGUGCAUAUUCACAUCGCUGUGCGGUUGGUCUUUUGUUCUCGGCAGAAAAGUGAGAUGAAUCAUUAGGCUGAUCGAGACAGCGCACGCUCAUUUAACAGCUGACCGUUGAUCAUCAUUGGACACGAUCGUCGUAAAAUUAUACCAGGAUCGAGCUUCGGUUUGUGCUGCCAGCCCCAGUUUUUGACAAGCACUGAAUUUGCAACAGCAGUGCUUGGAGUCAGAUUACAUGCAACCAUUUCAAUGGUGUAACGGCUGCCUUUGUGGUCUAGGGUUGCAGCAUUCAGACUGUGACAUGUCAGAAGAAGACAUCUACCGUCUGCCGCUCAACGUGUACGUCAUUGUACUGGGCAUCGGCAUGUUCAUCUUUAUGCUGAGUGUAAUCUUCUGCUGCUAUCUGUUCAGGUUGAAACAGCAAGGUACAAGAGAACAGUACAGCUACAAUGAGGUGGUGUUAAAAGGUGCAGGAAAGAAGUUAAGCCUGCUGGGACAACCCUGUGCCGUGUGUCUGGAGGAAUUCAAGACCAGAGAUGAGCUGGGUGUGUGCCCCUGUUCACACACCUUCCAUAAGAAGUGCCUGCUGAAAUGGUUAGAGAUCCGUAGCGUCUGCCCAAUGUGCAAUAAACCAAUCAUGCGCCUGCAGCAUCCCGACGCCCCACGAGCAGCAGAGGGGGUCCAGGACCCCGAAGAGGUGUGACCCCCAAAAACUGCACGGCCCUCGGCCAAAUUAGUACUCUCUAGUUCUACGAUUGUUGGAACUGGUCACGUGAUCGGCCAAGGCUCUCCAAAGCCGUCUAUAUGCACCGCCACAGAGGCCCCGACGAAGUCCCAACAUGAUCGUUCAGCCUCCACUAGUGAUUCAGUACCAUAUUGCCAGUAGCCAAACAUAAGAAUAAUCUCCUAUAUAUCGUGCCACAAUAUUCUCUUAAGUAGUAUCGCUCAGAGGUCCUUAAGCGAGACGCGCGCCGUGCAUGCUUGGUAAUGGACUUCAAAUGAGAGGUAAAUAUCUCAGGAGUUUGCCUCAGGGGCUCUAACCAAGCAACGAAUAGAAACAUUGAACUCCAGCUGUCCACGGACAGAUAUAUACAUAUACAUAUAUGAUGAUAAUAGGGUGUAGGUAUAGUGCACUGUCUGUUUGACUGGUACUACAGAUCUUCAUGGAUGGAGAUCCUAUGUAGUCAUUUAAAAAAUAUUAAACAUAUAAUCAGUAACCAGCAUUUCUUAUCCAACAUUGUGCUCAUUGCUUGAAUUGUUCCCUUUUUCUUGUUAUUUUGUAUCGUUUGUUUUG